AUGUCUACGGAUGAAAGGGUACGCUCUACCAAGCUCAAAUUUAAGGGCGAGAAGACGAAAAAGAAGCGCAAAAGGGAGGAUGGAGAGGAAGGCUCUAGCAGCGGCCGGCGUCGACGCAAGGAGGACGAGGAGAGCCCAGAUACUUGGGUCCUCCCUGAACAAGCUACAGAACUCCGUGGACCAACCUUUAUUAUGCACCCUUCUGACCCUUCACCCAUCUCUAUAACAUAUGAUUCCACCCGUGGUCGCAUUUUACUCCAUUCCCUAGACAAGGACAAGACGGAGGACGCACCGGAGUCGGUGAGCAUCCUACAUCGCACCCCUACCGAAGUCUCGCAGGUAUGGGUGACAACACGCGUUGCUGGCUCCCCCACAAUCAAUCUGCGGACUGGCACAGGCGAGGGCAAGUUCCUGUCUUGCGAUAAACACGGACUGGUAUCCGCAGAUCGAGAGGCCCGAGGUCCUCAGGAGGAGUGGACGCCCAUCGUCUUCCCAGACGGAAUGGUCGCAUUUCAGAACGUCUACGAGAAGUACCUAGCCGUUGACGAAGUCGCUGGUGGGACGAUGGCUUUGCGCGGAGACAGCGACGAGGUGGGCUUUGCGGAGCGUUUUUGGGUUAAAAUCCAGAACAAAUACAAGAGGGAAGCACAUGAGGAAGAGAAGAAGAAGGAAGGCGCGAUGGAUGAGGUCAGCAUAGACGAGGCCAGCACCAACAAAAUGUACCAGGCUUGGGGUGCCGGACGAUCUAUCACCUCGGUAGAAGACAAGAAAGCGUUGAAACGCGCUAGGAAAGAGGGACGUCUUGCUGAGGCAUUGCUAGAUCGCCGCGCGAAAUUGAAGAGGUGA